AUGUCGCCUUCGAAACCCGUCUCGAUCCCGGAGUGGAUGACAAACGAUUUUUUCAUCGAUGCGGUUGCAAAAGCGUUCAACGUCUCGCAAAGCGAACUCACCGUCGAGCAGCUAGACGUUCGUCCGGCCACGGAGGCGGGCGACAAUUUCGUAUCGAUCAUGUACCGCGUGAAAGUAACGGUACUGAUGGGGAACUCCGACGCGGAUCGACGAACCGUGUCCCUGAUCGUGAAGGCUCUCCCGCGGUUGGGCCUUUCCGAGGAAAUGAUCUCCGCGCUGAAUGUCUUCCCGAAGGAGAUGGCCGUGUAUACUGAAAUUUUGCCCGCAUUCGAGCAGCUAUACCGUGACCAGGGUGUGGAGGUUACAUUUGGACCGCGCUGUCUGAAGCACUGCACGGAUCCGACGGAUAUUAUCGUGAUGGAGGAUCUGAAGGAUCGCAACUUUCAGAUGGCCGUGCGUCAAAAGGGGCUCGAUUUGGAGCACUGUCACACGCUGCUCCGUCGGUUGGCUCAGUUCCAUGCAGCUUCGGCAGUUCACUACGAACGGAAUGGGCCGUACGAUGCGAAGUUUAAGGAGGGCAUGUACUCGGAAAAGAACCGCGCCAUGUUCGAGCAGUUUCAGGCUCAGCACGAUGUGUUCAUGUACGAAACUAUGUGCACGUGGCCAAAUAAUGGUAAACUGUACGCCGAGCUUAUGAAACGCUGGGGUAUGGAGAUGUUUGAUGCGUUGCUACGCAUCACGAAACCUGAUCCGGCCAAGUUUAACGUGCUAAACCACGGCGACAUUUGGUGCAACAACAUGAUGUUCCAGUACGACGAUGGCGAAAAGAUCAAAGAAAUAACGCUCGUCGACUUCCAGAUGUGCAUGUGGAGCUCCCCCGUAGUUGACCUUCACUACUUCAUCUUUUCGUCGGUGCGCGCCAACUUGAAGUUACGCCAGCUGGACCACUUGAUUUGUUACUAUUUCCAGCAUUUGACCGAGAACUUGACCUUGCUCCAGUACGGCGGGGUGCGUCCGUCGUUGCAAGACCUGCACUCGGAUUUCAUUGAGCGGCAACUGUACGGUCUCAGUACGGCCUUUUCCGUGUUUCCCAUUUGUGUGAUGGAGAAAACAGAGAACGCUUCCAUCGAUCUGAUGCUCGAUCAGGGUGACGCUGGGACGGCGUUCAAGCAGAAAAUGUACAACGGAGCCGCGUACGUCGAGCAGAUGAUCCCGAUCCUGGAGUACUUCUACGAUGCCGGCGCGUUCGACAUAAACCAGCAAGGCAACCAGCGUCCUGCCGGCAUCGAGUGUGAUCGCUCACUCCAUCUACCGCUGUGGUUGGAUGGGAAAUUCUUCGACGACGUAGUGGAGGCGAAACUUGGCCCUUGUCCCACCGGAGGUCGCCGUCUCAUCCGAAACAUCCACCUGGAACUCGCCACCAAGAAGGGCGAUAACUACGCGUCGGUGUUGUAUCGCGCAAAGGUCGACGUGCUGAAUCAAGGUACCGGCAUCGUCGAGAGUUUUUCGACGAUUGUAAAAGCACCACCGAAGGGCGUACUGGUGGAGCACAUGGCGAAUCUAAACUUCUCGACACGAGAGAUACAGAUGUACCGGGACCUGCUGCCCGCGUUCGAGAAGCUCUAUCGCGAUAAGGGUAUCAGUGCGCUGCUCGGACCAAGGUGCUUGAAGGUGUGUCAAGGCGCACCGGCCGACGUGCUGGUGCUGGAAGAUCUUUCGCACAACGGCAGCAAACGUAUGGCCGACCGUCGCGCAGGUUUGGAUCAAUAUCACACCGAGCUGGUGUUGGAACAGCUGGCCAGAUUUCAUGCCGCAUCUGCCGUUUUCGUCGACCAGGGACAUACCCUGUCCAGUGACUUUAACGGACCGAAAGUGGUGGAAAGCCUGAAACAUAUGGGCACACCACUGUUCCAACCAAUGCUGGAUGGUUUGGUGGACUUCAUGGCGAACUGGGACUUUGUGCCUGCGGACCAUUAUGCCGACAUGAAGGAGCUGGCCAAAAAUGCCUUCGAUGAGCUUAUCGGAAUUAUCACCGCCCAGGAGGAUCGGUUCAAUGUGUUAAACCAUGGUGACCUGUGGAUCAACAACAUCAUGUUUAGCACCAACGCGGAAACGGACGUGGCAACCCUGCUCGACUUCCAGAUGUGCUGCUGGGCGUCGCCGAUGAUUGAUUUGCACAGCUUUCUAUUCUCCUCCGUCCAAUUGGAGCAGAAGCUAACGAAGCUAAACUACUUCCUUCGCUACUAUCAGGAAAAGUUGGUCGACAAUCUCGUGCUGCUCGGGUACCGCAAACGUUUGCCAACGCUGCAGCAGCUGCUCGUUGACUUCAACGACUAUCUAAUGUUGGGAUUGAUCGACACGAUGCUGGUGCUACCGUUCGCCCUCGUACCGGACACGGAUGAUGCGUCGCUGGAUACGGCCCUCGAGAACAGCACCGAUGCUGGGCAGCGUUUUCAGAAGCUGCUCCUGGACAACGAUGCGCUGAAGCGGCAUAUGGAACUGCUGCUACCCUACUUCCGGAAUCGAGGCGUACCCCGAAAAGUUAACUUGUAA